AUGUCGGGUGACGACAAUCUCUCGUCCGACUCCCCCAAGCCAACUGCUGGCAGCGUGGUGAGGCGUGACGGGAACAGUUUGCUUGAACCUCACAUCCACCCGCCCCGGGUCCCUGUUCCACAUUCACAUGUUGCCCCGGAUAUAUUGGCGUCGACGUCAAAGCCAUGGAAUACAAAUAGCUUAGGUACAAGGCUGGUACUGGAUGCUGCCAGUGCUGCGACUUCCGCUGCCCUAAUAUGCCCUAUUGUUACAAUCAUAGACCGUGCCAUAAUAGAGAAAGCCGCCAAGGGGCUCGAUAUUAGCCGGAGUUUGACCUCAUCCCUAAAAGGACUAAUAACCCGUCCGCAUCAUUUUCUCGUGUCGACGCCAUUUUUACUGAUAUACACACUCUAUUCUUGCACCUAUCUGACGGCGAAUGUCAUUGAUACAGUCGUUUCCACUACCGAAGACAAGGCAUUCAGCCAUGUUUCGGCCGGCCCGGUGAAAUUUGUUUCAACUGCGUUUGUCAAUAUGUCGAUCUGCAUAUACAAGGACUCUCGAUUCGCAAAGAUAUUUGGGGCGCAAAACCAGCCGCCCCAAGGGUCAGCCCCAUCAGCAGCUAGGAGCUCCCAGAUAACAUGCCAUCCUACGAGCAAGAUCGCACCAGCUCCGAAAAUUCCAAAAGUUUCUCUUGGUUUGUUUGGUCUUCGUGACAGCCUUACUAUCUUCGCGUCAUUCAAUGUACCACAGCUCAUUUCUCCCCACAUUCCGGAUUUCCUCGCUUCGACGCCGUCGUCGAAAACGGCACUCGCCCAAUUCACGAUUCCCGCGACCGUCCAAAUUUUCAGCACACCUCUCCAUCUGCUGGGAUUGGACUUGUACAACCGUCAGCCUCCCGGGGGCCUACCAGCCACAGAUCGGUGGACGCGCGUGAAACGGGACUGGAUACCUAGCUGUAUUGCGAGAAUAGGAAGGAUCUUACCGGCUUAUGGUGUUGGCGGAGUUGUCAACACCAAAUUGAGAGCAAACCUAAUGCGCUCACUCGAAACACCAUCAUACGAGAAGGAUACAUUAUAG